GUUGUAAAUAAAAUAUUAUAUAUUCUCUGACAUUUUGUUUAUAAACAAUCCGGGAAGUGAAUGUAUAAAUAAGAUUAUUUUGAUAAACAUCGUGAUGCCGCUUCUGAAUAAUCAUCAAAACAUAUUUUGGAAGUCUCGGAGAAAGAACGGAAAAAUCAAAAUGAACAUUGAAUUUGCCCUGUUAAUAACCGCUGUUGUUACAUCAAUUGACGUUAGUGCAAAUGAACCACAAUGUGCCUGCUCCAAAUUUCAUUAUGAGGAGCAGUUGUUAGAGAAAAUGGUGAGAAUGGAAUUUGCUGUGGAAAAUAUGAAAAAUGAGAUGAAUGAAGCAAAGAAUACCGUAACUAAGACUGUGGAAGAAUUUAAUCGUCUUAAAGAAAAUAGUGCGGAACAAACUUUAAAGAAUUCGAAAGAUAACAUACGCCCCGCCUUCACAGCCAGACUGUCUGAACAUCAAACAAAGCUUGGGCAUAACCAGCCAAUCGUCUUUGACAACAUCGUGACCAACAUCGGUCAGGCUUACUCAGGAACCACGGGGGUGUUCACUGCGCCAAAGGACGGCAUCUAUUAUUUCAUUGCAACCACAAUGAGUCAUUCUGGACAGUUUGUGCAAACGGAAAUUGUCAGAAAUGGAGAAUCUAUGGUGAAACUAUAUUCCUAUGACAAAUCCCACGAGCAGGGAACGAGUGGGGUUGUCUUACACCUGAACGUCUCUGAUGAAGUAUGGGUCAGGCAUUUGAAAACGCAGGGGGAAAAUCUGUAUGGUCACAACUGGUCUACCUUUUCCGGUUUCCAAAUCUAAAUUGCUUUUUAUUUUUCAGUUUAUGAAACAAUAUAAUCUCAACGGUGAAGAUUCAUGUGAUAACAGUGCUGUUAAUUCAGCUUUAUUGUUGAAACAAAUAGCUACGCAUUCAUAUUGCGAAUAUGAAAGUAUCAUCCAUGUAUGUUGUGUCAGACAAUUUUUGAAAUACCCGUUGAGCAUGCUCCCCAUCGUUAAAUUUAUUAUCUAGCGGACUUGCGGGAUAGUCGGUCAUGGUGAAAUGUGAAAUGUGAUUUUGCGAGUUCGUUUACCUUUAUAAACUUGAAGAGAAAAAUGUUGUUGUUGUUUUUAUGUGAAUGAAAUACAAUAUAAUCAACAAAGAAAAUUCCAUUUUCUCCGCAACAAUAUUUUAAUAUAUUCCAAAAAUUUUGCGUCUUCGACUAGAAAUCACGGUAUGAAAAUACUGUUGAUUUUUACGUGCGGGUUGUUGUUGUUGUUGUUUUAUGGUUUUUUUUGUUGGUUUUUUUUUUUGUUUUGUUUCUGUUAAGAUUAACGUCACACGGACACAAUUAUACAAAGUAAUAGGUUAAAUUAUCGUAGAAACAAAAAUAAGUUUGUUCUAUUUUUUGUUUCCAUAGAAACAUUUGGUGAAUUUAAUGUAUUUCAGGAGUUGUUUGUAAAUCACAGACAUGUAUGUUUCUUUCAUUUGUGUUGUAAAGAGUUAGAAAAUAAUAGUUUGUUGAAAAAUAGUUUCAAUAUAUGAACUGUUUAAAACUGAUGUAUUUAACGAUUUCAAGAAUAAAAAGUUCCGUGUCAACAAAUUUUUUAUCAAUCAGGCGCCUAUCUAAGUAGCUAUGAUAACCACUGUUAUAUAAUGUUUCUGACUGUGUCGUAUAUAUUUGUUAGUAUAUAUGUAAAAACAAUAUCUAGACAUCCACUGUUUGAAUAAGCGACGUCUGUAAAUAUUUUUUAAACUAACACUAUGUUUAGAUGCAAAUCCGUUCGUAAAUCUCUUUGUUGACUUUUAUCCCAAUUCAGUAUAUUCUAAAGUCUUUUUAGAUAAAAACUCCCAUGUAUUGACACAACCUUUACAUAGUUUCAGAAACAGAUUAUACUUUCAGAAGCACACAAUGCCACAUAAUUGAAAUUAUCUGAUUUUCAAAGAAUAGUAAUGGUAAUAAAUUAACUCAACGGAUUUCAACAAUGUUUAAACUAGUAUGAAACUGGCUCUCGGUUAACUGUGUUUGCGGUACCUUGGCAGAUCCUCGGUACUGCAAAAACAGUUACCCUGAUAUUCAAAUCCGCAACUACAUCCGGAGACAGACUAUUAUAUUCAAAUUUUCAAAAUGAUAUUCGUCAAUUAUAUCGUGUUAUUCAAAUGAAAUCAAAAAGAUCUCCAUACAUGUCUAUAUGUUCCUUCAUUUGACGAGACGCAGCGUCGUUAAGCACACUGUUACGACCAGUUAGCGUAACGUAAAAAUGUUUGAUGUUGAUGUUUCGCAUAUUCUUGCAUAAAAAACUAUUUUUUAACAGGAUCCGCCCAUGUAUUAACGGUAGAAAAUUAUUGUAUUAACAAAGCAAUUCAAGUGCUGUUAAUAUACAUUUUUAUUCUUAAAAU